AAGUAUCUCUUCUCCUUUCAAUGACUUUCAAACAAGCUGUACUAUCGGACGGGGGAGAGCCCUUCGCGGGGCUCAACUCCGCCCGUUCAACAUUACGGCUGGAGCAGAUUGCCGGCCUUCGGGCACGCGGCAUCGCAGAUCAUAUUGGGUUACCGCAAUUGGUCGUCUGCGGAGACCAGUCUGCGGGAAAGAGUUCUGUGCUGGAAGGUGUGACGGGGGUUCCGUUCCCGAGACAGGACGGUUUAUGCACGCGAUUCCCGACCGAGAUUCUUCUGGAGCACUCGUCCGAGGGUGACUUGAUCAUUAACGCGUCCAUCAUACCGUCGCCAGGUCGCACGGACGAGGAGAAACAAAGGAUCAUCAGCUUCCACCGCAUUUUGUCCGGCUUCGAAGAUCUGCCAUUGGUAAUAAUGGAGGUCAGCCGGCUAUUGGGCAUUAAGGGAGCUCAUAGCGAAGGAGGGCCAGCAUUUGCUUCCGAUGUGCUUCGCAUUAAGGUCCGUGGCCCUGUGGGCUUGUUUCUUAGUAUCGUCGAUGUUCCGGGCUUGAUCUCCGUGGCGAACGAAGAACAGACUGAUGAUGACGUGGAAACGGUCCAUAAGAUUGUGGAUGGCUAUAUUUCCGACCCACGGACUAUCAUUCUCGCCGUGGUGCAGGCUGGAAAUGAUAUCGCCAACCAAAGCAUCAUCAAGAAAUCUCGUUCGUUUGAUAAAGACGGAGAGAGGACGGUGGGCAUCAUCACGAAACCGGACUUGAUCAACGAAGGUUCAGAGAAGCGCAUUGCCCUGCUGGCAUCCAACAAAGACACUACGAAACUGAAGCUGGGAUUUUUCUUGGUGAAAAAUCCGGCCCCGAACGAGCUGACGAGAGGCAUUACACCUGAGCAGAGACAAAAGGACGAGAUCCAGUACUUUCACACCCCUCCAUGGAAAGAGCAGUCCAUCGAUCCCGCACGACUGGGUAUCGUUGCGUUACGAACAUAUUUACAACAACUUCUCGAUCGACACAUUGAGAAAGAACUGCCCAAAGUUCGACAUGACGUGCGCGAGCUGCUUACUAAGACCGAUGCUGAUCUGGCGACCAUGGGCGAGGAACGGGAUAGCCCUUCGAAAAUGCGCAUGUUUUUAACUCGCUUGGCCAUGUCAUUCGACCAGCUCGUAACCUCAGCCCUGAAUGGGACUUACGACGAUGUCGACAUGACGUUCUUCAACCUCGAAGAAAAACACAGGUCUCACCGCUUGCGGGCCACUGUUCAGGACUUGAACACCAAAUACGCCGACACCAUGAGAGAUCGUGGCGCGAAGCGUCGCGUUGUUGCCGCCUCGGAAGAUGACUGCUCUGACACGGAAUCAACCGAGGAUGACGAUGGACAGAUUCUGGUGUCAGAGAAGGGCAUGAAAAGAUGGGUUAGCGAGGUCUACCGAAACAGUCGCGGCAAAGAACUUCCGGGGACGUACAAUCAUGUCCUCCUGGCAGAGUUAUUCCACGAGCACUCGUCCCGCUGGAUAGAUAUCGCUCAGGACCACGUGCACGCGAUUGGGAAUGUCGUCAAUGAAUUUGUGGAGGCCGCUAUCCACCACUGUUGUCCUGACACGAACGUCGCUGACGAGAUCUUGGAACUGGUCAGAACCAGUCUCCAGGAGAACAUGACUUGUGCCACAGAAGAGCUGCGUAAGCUGUGGGAGGAUGAACAGCAUCAACCCAUUACGUAUAAUCACUACUUCACCGACAACAUCCAGAAAGCCCGGGAGCAAGUCACCAAAAACGUUGUCAAACGCGCGGUAGUCGAGACUAAAGAACAGGAUUGGAACGGCAAAAUGCACAUCAGCAAUAUCCAGAUGGAUAUGGACCGAUUCAUUUCGGGUCUGCAGCAACGAAUCCAGGUCAACAUGACCGAACAAGCGUGUGUUGAGGCACUGUCGGGACUUCGAGCUUACUACAAGGUGGCCCUGAAGACCUUCGUCGACAACGUCUGCAGGCAGGUCAUAGAACGUCAUAUGGCUCGCCCGCUGCCAUCGAUCUACUCUGCCGAGACCGUGGCAGGACUCUCGGACGAAGAACUGGUUAGGAUCGCUGGUGAGACGCCUCAAAGGUCGGUGAAGAGAAAGCAACUGCAAGAUCUGCAACGAAAUUUACAGUCGAGUCUUGUGGAUCUCCGCCGCACAUCUACGACGCCUUGAUUACGGGUUAGGAUGGCUGGGUCUGCUCGGCGAGUUGGAGGAGUGUGAAAGUACUGGAUCUCGUCUUUUUGUCUCUGCUCAGGUGUUACGCUUUUUGUCCUCUCAGAGGGCUGGAAUUUUCCCCCAAUAGAAUUCCGGAUCGAACAUGGUAUCCUUUCAACAAGGGUCGUUGUCAUUGUAUGAAUGCGGCAAGUCAUAUCUCAAUUACGGCUUCAUCUUCGCCAGAACACUCGAUUACUUGAGCCAUAGCCCUUGUAAGUGAGCUAGUCUAAAUACGCUCUAGCGUUUGUUCCACUCAUGACAUUCGGCAUUUGCCUUCGAUCUUAAUCCCUCGCUGCUUUACACAGUACAUGACAACAUGAAAUGCAC